AUGCAGACACACACUCUGGACUCCAUGAGGUCCUCCACGGGCACCAGAUCUCAAUCCAAUGGAGCACCUUUGGGAUGUGGUGGAAGAGGAGAUUCACAUCAUGAAUGUGUAGCCAACAAAUCUGGAGCAACUGCAUGAUUCUAUCAUGUCAAUAUGGACCAAAAUCUCUGAGGAAUGUGUCCAAUACCUUGUAAAGUGGCCAGCUGCCAGGAUGCAGGGGAAUUUCCACGUUUCACCUUCAAUCCAAAGGAAGGAAUUGAUAAUCCAGCACUGGUUAUCACUGAUGAUCCUGAGCCCAGUCCUGGCUUAAUGCCCACACUGUGCCAGCUUAAGCGUCUGGAGGGACAGAGCUUUGGCUUCUACCUGCGAACAGACCAGAACAGUCAGGUGUUUGAGAUCAGAGAUGUGGAGCAAUGGAGUCCUGCAGAGCACAGUGGCCUCAGGGAUGGAGACCGAGUGCUGGAGGUGAAUGAGGAAUAUGUGGACACCAUGGACUUCUACAGGGUUGUGAGGAAGAUCCAGUUGUCUGGACUACAUCUGUUUCUCCUGGUGCUGAGGAGAGAGGCGUAUGAAAGGGCAGUGUCUAUGGGAGUGGACCUACAAAUGCUAGUCAAAGCCUCCAAAGGGGACCACUGGUCAAGGCCCAGAAUGUGUCACAUCUGCAGACACCCAGACAGCGGGCUGGGAAUGACCAUUAUGUCAGGGAAUGGUCAGAGGGGCCAGUACAGGGUGAGCACAGUGGCUGAUGGUCCAGCAGAAAAAGCUGGUGUCUGCACUGGAGAUAAGUUGAUCUGGAUCAAUGGAGCCAUGGUGUCAAUGCUCACACGUGCCACUCUCAACAAAACUAUGAAGAAGAGCUCAGUGACAGUACUGGUCAUUGACAGUGACAGUGAGUUCUGCUAUGCCAGGAGGAAGAUGCCCAUCUUACCUGUGAUGGCAGAAAACUGUAGCCUGCCCAAUACUGCCAAGACCAUGCAUCUGGUGAAAGGAUGCCAUGGAUAUGGCUUCCUGCUGAGGCAAGAGAAGGUUACAGGCACACGACGGAUAGUUCAUGUGCUGAGGGAGGUGGAUGUGGGGAGUCCAGCUGAGGAAGCAGGGAUGGAGGACGGAGACCUGCUACUAGCUGUAAAUGGGGAACUUGUUGAGUCCAUGGAGCAUGAAGACAUUGUCAAAAAGAUUAGAGAGAGUGGUGAUAAUGUCAUCCUCACUACUAUAUCUAUGCCAGGAAGAGACUUUUACAGAGAGUUAGGCAUUCCUCCUUUGUUGUUUCAUGAAGCAUAUUCUCUCCGCUGCACUGACAACCAGAGGGAAACUCCCCUGAGAAAAACCACAGUGUGCCAGGAUAGAGAGGAGGCAGAGCACUCAGGAACUUUAUCCACACAGCUGUCACAGAGAAUACAUGAUGCUUUCUUGUAAUGGAAAUGAACGGAACACAGAUGACCAAAGCCAUGAACAGACAUGGGAGGAUGAAGCCCUCAGGUGUAAAGACAGUAAUGAUUUUGCAGCAGACAGAUGAGGCUGAAGCUUCAGGUUAUUUGUCUCAUAAGAAUAUUUUCUUUAGUAAGUCACCAGAAACAUCACUGUGUAACUGUCUUCCCCUUCCAGGCAUGGUUUGGUCCUGAAUAGUCCUUCACAUCUAUAAUGAGAUCACAUGGGCUGCUUAUUUAACAUUGUGAUUGCAAACAACACCUUUUGCUUAGUUUACUAUUUUUCCCCCAUUUUUCGCAUUAACAGUGACUGUUUUGUGUGGAAAUUAUUGGUUGUGUAAUCCUUGUAUAGUGUAUGAUUUAGGCUGAGGAGGGUCUUUCAAAGAUUAAACUGCAUAUAUAGAAGCCUAACAUCCACAUUCACAUGCUUUUUGAAACACUGAUUUUCAUGGAACAUACACUGUCUGGCUGUAUUCAUUCACAUUAAAUAUUUGUGACAAUGAUAUAUGCAAGUGUAUGUGUGUAAAUGUACUAUUAACAGUGUUUCCUGCAUUUAUGAGUAAAGCAAAAAGGUAGUUCUGCUUUCCACUUUUCCAAUUUCUGAAGUAUAACAACAAAAAAGAAAUGCUGUUGAUGCACUAACCCUUACAGUGACCUCAGAUUCAGAUUCUGACACAGACCUGACACAGACAAUGCAUGUCUCUCUUUAAUGUUCUAUUGUAGCCCUUUUAAAAAUAAAUAUUAAGUGUAGAUAAACACA